UUUACGCGAUAAAAUAGCCGCAACGCAGACUUUGGCUGCUUAUAGAAUAAAACUUGUGGAGAAAAACUUGUUAUUGUUACUAAAAAGUAUUAUGUGAACACGAACUUAUAGCAUCUACGGUGCACAAAAUUGCAAUCAUGUCGUUUUUUGUUGUUAAUGCUGGUAAUCAGGGAGACAGUGAAGUGGAAGGUGAUUCUAAUGGAGAUCUACAAAUUGCUUCACCUGGAAGCUCGGAAUCACAGCUUGCUCUUGCACAGUUUUGGCCAAAAAUAACAGAGGACAUAAAAAAAAUAACUACUAUGGACUUAAAAACACAAUCAUUACCACUAGCAAGAAUAAAAAAAAUUAUGAAGCUUGAUGGUGAUGUUAAAAUGAUUAGUGCUGAAGCACCAAUGUUGUUUUCAAAAGCAGCAGAAAUUUUUAUUCAUGAACUAACACUCAGAGCUUGGGUGCAUACUGAAGAUAAUAAAAGGCGGACUCUACAAAGAAAUGAUAUUGCAAUGGCAAUCACCAAGUAUGACCAGUUUGAUUUUCUUAUCGACAUUGUUCCCAGAGAUGAACUGAAACAAAGCAAAGCUCAGUCCGACACAGGAGUUAAAACAUCCAUGUCAUCUGAUCAAGUGCACUAUUAUUUUCAAUUAGCUCAGCAGCAAGCAUCUGCAAAUCAAACCGUGCAAAAUACCGCAACAUCUCAACCCAUUCAAAUAGUACAACCCAAUUCUGGGCACAUUCAAACAAUCAAUAUAGGUUCGGCUGUAGAGCAAGAUAAUACACAAGCGCUUACUGUUCAAACAUCCCCAACGACAGGAGGACAAGUAAUACAAUUGCAGCAGCCUCAGCAAACAGCUGUACAAACAAGUGGUUUACAAAUUGUCCAGCAAGUUGUUACUCCAAGUGGGGAAAUUCAACAUAUACCUAUUCAACUAUCACCACAACAACUGCAAAUGAUUCGAAUGCAAGUUCAAGGGGGAAACACUCAACCCAUAAUAAUACAAGCUCCUGUACAAACGCAACCUCAGUUAAUUCAAGUUGCACAAAAUGGACAGGCACCAGUAUUUUUACAGGCCAGUUCAUCUGAAAAUGAGUGAUUGCAUAAAAUAUUUUCAUUUUUAAAAUAUUUGAUUCCUUGUAACUAUUAAAAAUAUAUAUAAAUACUAUAAGUAUGUUAGUUUAUAUAAAUCUAAUGACUGUAAAAUUUUAAAUGAAUCUAAAGAAAAUAUAUAUAGUUCUUAAAACUUAAAUAUAGUUAAAUGUCAAUAAACCAUCAAAGUUAAAUUUAAAAUAUUCUACG